UGUGUUAUCGUCCUCUUGUCCAAGUUCAAUGCUUUGCCUGUUGCUGGCUGUGUUCUCGAUCGUGGGUCAUCGUCAGUUCGUCUAGAUUGUGGUGUUCCCAGCAACAGCAUGUCAUUGCUCAUGUCUGCUGAGUUGUGAGCAGGAGCUUCUUGGGAAUAGAGUUAAGCUACACAAGGCGAAGGCUUGGAGAGAGAAGGGAAAAGACCGAGGAACUUAUUUUGUCUCCUUUAACACCUGUCGUAUGGCGUUUGCAAUCUAAAUUUGGUCCUUGAGCAUACAAUGGGAAAUGAAAGCAGUUGGAGUGGCAGUCAAUGUUUAAGUACUCUCAACAAUUUUUCAGGAAAUACCUGUUUCGUGUUUUAUCAUGUGGAGCUAUUCCCACUCACAUAGCUUUCAUUAUGGAUGGAAACCGGCGGUUUGCUAAGAAACAAAACAUGGUUGAAGGCGAGGGCCAUAGGGCUGGUUAUAAAUCCCUCAUAUCUAUGCUUAAUUACUGCUAUGAGCUUGGGGUCAAAUACAUCACGGUGUAUGCCUUUAGCAUUGAAAAUUUUAAGAGAAAACCUGAGGAAGUCCAAUAUCUGAUGGAUUUGAUGGUAGAAAUGAUGAAUUGCUUCGAAGGAAGCAUUGUAAAUCAGUAUGGGAUGAGGUUGUACUUCAUAGGAAACCUGAAGCUUCUAAGUGAGGAGGUCAGGACUGCGGCAGAGAAGGCAAUGAAGGCCACUGCCCAUAAUAACCGGACUGUGCUUUUGAUAUGUGUGGCAUAUACUUCAUAUGACGAAAUUGUUCAUGCUGUUCAAGAAUCCUGUGAAGAGAAGAUGAAUAACAUUCAAGCAGAAAAUACUAGCAAGGCAGGGUCGCAAUAGCACUGAGCAAAAUGGAA